AUUGCUUUCUGGUAAAAUAAAUAUUGAAUAUGUUCCCAUUGAGCAUGUCUGAAAGCUGACAAGAAGAAAACCUUUUUAAGGACACACCAUAUUUGGAGGAGUUCAACCUCAAUAUCCCAGAGCUUGAUGAUUUUCCUGAUAUCCCAGAAGCAGAGUCUUUUAUCCAAAACGAGAAUGAGGGUGAUCCAUUCAGAAAAAUCUUUUGCUCAUCUAACACUGGGUCUUCUUAUAGUGUUGAGACAUUAAGCGAAGGAACGUCUACAAAUAAAUCUCGUGCCAAUAGAUGGCUAAAGUGGCAAGACCGAAAGCUUGUGAAGACUAUUUUGACUCUUCAGCAGCAAGAGAGGAUCUAUCCUGAGCUCCUAUUUGACAAUAUCAAUAAAAACUCUACUACGAAGAGUUAUUGGGACCUUGUGAAGACAGGAGUAGAGACUAAUCGCUCUCUUGGGUUUUUACAGACAAGAUAUCGUAAACUACUCCGCAAUCAAGAGCUGAACAGACAUGAAAAGCUCUAUUUUGAGGAAAACUAUACAAAAUACACUAUAGAAGAAUUCCAGAUUCUAUUUGCUGGGAAAACGAAAUCCACAUUGGUUUCGUUAAAAGCUCAGCUUGAGAAAAAGAGUGCAUUAAAUUCAAAAGCAGAUAAAAUUUUGGAUAUGCUUCCUCAAAAGAGAUCUGAAAUUAUUGAGACACUCCCCACAUCAAACUUAGUCUCAACAAUGAUGUUCAAGAAAGAUCUCACAGUGGGUAUUUCUCCAUAUUUUAGCUUAGCAACUUCUGAAAGCUUGGAGCAGGUUGCUCCCAAAGCUCUCAGGAAGAUGCAAUAUACCAUGGAUCAGAUUUCAGGUGAAAUCUAUUCAAAACUGUAUGCUUUGAAAGCAUCUUUGAAGGAAGACCUCGCCAAGGGUCUUUAAGCCUCUUGAGAGCCCUUCAGUACAUUAUCUUCAAUUUUGUUACACUAACAAGUAUAUUAAAUACAGCACAA